CAUCAUUAUGUUCACACCUUCAUGGUGGAGCUCUCCCUUCAAAGCUGAACUUUGACAGAGACUGUAAUCGAUUACAUGGAGUACGAUCUCGAAAACCCAUUAACCAACUUCCGCUCCGACUAUUUCCCUUCCCUCUUCCUCUUGGAAUCUGAUCACAUGCCGGUAGAGAACUAUUCCCACAAUCUCAGAGCCAGAGAUUUUGACAUUUCCGUCCGACGAGAAGCCAUCUCUUCAAUCUCACAGUUUUCUUACAGCAUUGAUCCCUUUUUAUCAUAUUUAGCUGUUAACUAUCUUGAUCGAUUCCUAUCAAGCCAAGGAACGCCGGAACCAAAAACAUGGGCUGUACGUCUUCUUGCAAUCUCUUGUGUCUCCUUAGCAGCCAAGAUGAAAAAAACAGAGUUUUCCAUCACUGAUUUUCCGGGUGAUGGAGGCUUUAUAUUUGAUACACAGACAGUGGAGAGAAUGGAGUACUUGAUUUUGGGGGCUCUAAAAUGGAGAAUGCGUUCUAUUACACCAUUUUCUUUUGUCCCAUUUUUCAUUUCUUUCUUCAAGCUCAAAGACCCACCAUUAAUGCUGGCUCUUAAAGAUCGAGCUACUGAACUCAUCUUCAAAGGUCAAACUGACAUUACGCUUUUGGAGUUCAAGCCAUCAAUAGUAGCUGCAUCGGCACUUCUCUAUGCUUGCCAUGAACUCUUCCCCUUGCAAUUCCCUUGUCUUAGGAAAGAAAUUUCUAACUGUCCAUAUGUAAAUAAGGAAAACAUGUCACAAUGCUACAAAGCAAUGGAAAACUUGGUGAAGGAUGGGUACGAAUCGGUUUUUGAGCCUGUUUCGGGCUCGUACACGCCAGUCAAUGUGCUUGACCUGGAUUUUUCUAGCUCGGAGAGCAACAAAACCAACGCCUCAACCAUCAUCACUGCCACAACCAUAGCAAGUCACAAUCUAGAAGGGGACAUGAAGAGGAGGAAAAUCAAUGAUUACCAUAACAAUAAUCAGGCGGUCCAGUUUUCUCAGACCUAGCAGUAGUGUUGACAGUUAUGAUGAGAGUCAUCAUGAGAAUGAAAUCAGACAGUCCUAUCAGGGUGACCACUUUGGCUUGUGGCCCUGGCCGUUUCAGAGAACAAAAAUGAAAAUUUGGAAAACUUAGAAAAUGGGAAAUAUUAUUAUUGAGAGAGAUAGAGGUUACAAGUUGAUGUUUCUGAAGUCAAUCACUGCAAAAUGAUCCGUGUCAGUCUCCAUACUUGAGAAGGAUUGGAGGACCCGAGACAAAUAAAGAGGAGAGAAAUUAGUUUCUUUUUUUUUCUCUCUCUCUCUCUCUCUCUUUUUUCUAAGAUUUGGUUUUUACCCUUUUUCUUUUUUUCUUUUUUUUAGAUGAAUGGUUUUUAAAGUCUUUUUCAGAGAAAGACAAAACGUAACUUUGAAUUGUUGGGUUGCUUUUGAAUGUGAUUUGGUUUGCGGCUUGGUAGUGGUGUUUC